CUGAGCCACCCAGGCACUCCCAUAUGUAAAUUUCAAUAACCACUUGUGGUUAGUGGCCAUCAUUCUGGAUAGUGCACUUCUAGAAUCUUCAAGACUCAACCCCCCCUGGAGAUCUUGGCAAUCCCUCCUUAUACUCAGCCCCCACCCCCACCCCAGAAGCCACAAGACGGAGAGUUUUCGGGGACCUCUCGGGCUUACCCGGCCUGCACCGGGGAGAUAUUCACCCGGACUGCUGCGGCGGGGGCCGGCCCGGCCCUCCUCGCUCUUCUUCCGUCGGCCGCCAGGGGCCGCUGCGCCCGCCUGUGCCCGCCCGCUCGCCCGCCGGGAGCUGUCCGAGAGGAGGCGGUGGCGCCCGCAGAGGGGCUGGCGGAGCGGGGGUGGCCCCCGGCGACCGGGAGGCGGCGGCAGCUGCGCGCGCCCUGGGCUGCCGGCGGGAGCCUCGGAAGGACCCCGCCUGAGCCUUGCGGAGCGGCGCCGGGCACGACCGUGAUGCCAGUUUGGCCGGAGCCCCGUCGCCUGCCGGACGCCGCAACUUGGUGAGGGACACAGGGCUCCAGACUCGACACGCACCCAAGCCGGCCGCUCCGGCCCGAAGUCCGCCUUUUGGAGUCUUGGUGCCGGACUCAGAGGCAAAGUGAGUCUGAGGCCAGUGGAUGAACAGACAGAAGCUGAAAGAUCCCCAAAAAGGAUGCGUGAGAGGACCUCUCAGAACUGGAGCACAGGCCCCUGGCUGCUGGCACUUUACCUGGCCUGGCUGUGGACCCUCCUCGCCUCAGCUUCCUUGCAGCCGCCAACUCCCACAGGUUUGGGGGAGGUGGCAGAGCCUGGGACAGGGAUUCUCAGGAUGCCUGGAGAGCUGGACAUCACCCCACCCUAUUCCACACAGGCAGAUCUCCGAGGCUGAGGGUGCAGAUUCUAGGGGCUCUGACUCCUUCUCUGGUUUUCGCCCAGGAAUAUCCACCCCCCCCUCUGCUAUCCCAGCCCAGAGAAGGUGUGGGCAAACCCCUUGCUCACCUUUCCUUCCAGGCCAGAAGGUGUUCUGCAGGGAGAGAGGCCCUGGGGUGGAGGCUUAAGUCUUGCCUCCUGGCCUAAUUCUGUGGUUUUCCUUCUGGGAUGGCUAAAGCCUGUGUAAGCGGAUGAUCCUCUCCACGAUCCUCUCCACGCAUUGUAAGCCCCCGGGGCCCUUGCCCUCAACUGGACAAAACCAGAGGAAGUGGGGGCUGGUGGGGAAUCCUACCUCUCUUCCACCCAAGGGCCAGGCUCCGCCAAAGAGGGCUGAGUGUGGCCUGACUGGGGAAGAAGGAAGGAUAGGAACACUGAAGCAGCAGGAGGAUUUCCUGUGUUUCCUCCUCCCCUGCAGUUGGAAAUCUCUUGAACACCCCUCCCCUCGGCGGGGAGGAGGGCCUGGAGGAUGUGCAGGGCAGGUGGGAGGGGAGCAGGGUUGCAGGCCUGGGCUGGGCACCUCAUCUUGUCUGGCCACUUCAGUCCUUGUGAAGCAGGGCACCUGCGAGGUGAUUGCCGCUCAUCGCUGCUGCAACCGGAACCGCAUCGAGGAGCGCUCCCAGACUGUCAAAUGCUCUUGCUUUCCCGGCCAGGUGGCCGGCACCACGCGGGCAAAGCCCUCCUGCGUGGACGCCUCCAUCGUCCUGCAGAAGUGGUGGUGUCAGAUGGAGCCCUGCCUGCCGGGGGAGGAGUGUAAAGUGCUCCCGGACCUGUCGGGAUGGAGCUGCAGCAGCGGACACAAAGUCAAAACCACCAAGGUCACAAGAUAGCUCCUGGGGUCAUGGCCUGGACAAGACAGCUUGACUGAGCCCUGGACUGAAGAAUGGUAUCGUUAUCAGCCAGCAAAAAUGGAGAUUCACUUACCUGGACACAUGCUCUGUGCCAAGUGCAAGAUCACUUUUUCCA